AUGAAAGAUGCUAUAGCCUUGCGAGACGUGCAGCUUAUAGCCCCAUCAGCAGUCAGACUUGGAGAUACAGUGCUACUUGGUUGCAAAUGGACAUUGGAAGGAAACGAGACCCUGUACAGUGUAAAGUGGUACCGAGGACGACAAGAAUUUUUCAGUUAUCUCCCUAAGGAAUAUCCGUAUACUAGGAUAUUUGCGCAACCCGGGAUUGAUGUCGACGUAUCCAAGUCGUCUUCGCAACAAGUAGUGCUACGUGAAGCGACACGUGCUUUAGCCGGCCGCUACCGUUGUGAAGUAUCCGCGGACGCCCCGUCGUUCCACACUCAAGUUCGAUCCGCCUAUAUUCACGUUGUAGGUGAGUGUUAUGGUUAA